AGAAUAGAAUUUGCGAAAAUCCGGGGAGACGAAACGCAAAAUCUCCACCAGCAUAACCUGGGAAUUACCCAAUACGGACUAUCUCCGACUUCAAUAGUAGUUCAACAGACAGCUGAGACGUUCAAGAUGAGCAGAGAAGAUGACUUGACUCACGAAGAGUCAAGAUCUCAUACCUUGACCCGCGAACCAACACGUGAAGAAAAGACCCGGGAGGCUAUUGCCGAAGGUCACGAUGCAGACAUUCCCAGCAAUAUUGGCUUUAUACCUACUCCAGCAGAUGAACAAAGACGAGCCAGUCUCACGAGCCAUAGACGUGCAAGCCAUGCAAGGGAAAGAGCUUCUCUCGACCCAGAGAAGCACGGAAAGGAAAACGGAUUCGUGAGAGAUGAGGAAGAGGGUGGUUCGCAAACGCAGAGCGAGAGCGAUAUUGUUUGGUGGGAUGGUGAUAAGGAUCGCCAGAAUCCGUACAAUUUUGCAACAUGGAAGAAGGUUCUCAACUGUGUGCUCGUUUCAGCUCUCACCUUCGUGACUCCCCUAGCUUCUUCCAUGUUUGCUCCCGGAGUACCUCAACUUAUGGUCGAGUUCGGUAGUCAAAGUCGUGAACUAGCAUCCUUCUGUGUGUCAGUCUACAUUCUCGGUUUUGCUGCAGGUCCCAUGAUCUUCGCUCCUCUAUCCGAACUGUAUGGACGUCAAGUGGUCUAUCAUUGCUGCAACGUUGGCUUCAUCGUAUUCGUCAUUGCCUGUGCCAAAGCUCCCUCGUUGAGCAGUUUCAUCGCAUUCCGUUUCCUCAGCGGCACAUUUGGCUCGACACCCAUCACCAAUGGCGGCGGUACAAUCGCGGAUAUGAUCGUUCAGGAAAAGCGUGGUGCAGCAAUGGCCAGUUUCAGCAUUGGGCCUCUUCUUGGUCCCAUCAUUGGCCCGGUUGUUGGUGGUGUCGUAACCGAUGCCCUUGGCUGGCGCUGGGUAUUCUGGAUUAUCGCCAUCAUGUCUGGUGUGUUAUCCUCUGUCUUCUUCUUCGCCUCGGAGGAGACCUACGCACCCGUUAUUCUCGCCCGAAAGACGAAGAGACUCCAGAAGGAAACAGGCAACGACCGUCUCCGAUCCAAACUCGACGCCGGCCUCAGUCCAGCGGACUACUUUAAGCGCGGUAUCCUACGCCCAUUCAAGAUGCUCCUCUUCUCACCGAUCUGCAUCAUCUGUGGUGUAUACGUUGGUCUCGCCUACGCAUACCUCUAUCUACUCUUCACAAGUCUCACACCACUUUUUAUGCGAAUUUAUCACUUCAACACAGUUCACGCAGGCCUGACGUUCCUUGGUCUUGGUGUGGGUAGUAUGAUUGGCGUAGCGUACUUUUCUGUCUCGAGCGAUAAGUAUAUGAAGAAGAAGGCUGCAGCUGCUAAGGAACAGGGCAUUGACGAUCCUGCUGAGUCGAUGAGACCUGAGAAUCGACUCCCGCCACUGAGAAUUGGAGCUGUUUUGCUCCCGGCUGGUUUCUUCAUCUACGGAUGGACUGCUGAGUAUCAAACGCAUUGGAUUGCGCCCAUCCUUGGAACUUGUGUCAUUGGUGUCGGAAACCUCGUCAUCUUCAUGGUAAGUCCAUACCCCUCUAUCAGAAAUAAGACUAACAUAGCGCAGUCACUGCAAAUGUAUCUCAUCGACAGCUUCACCGUCUACGCAGCCUCCGCCCUCGCCGCCAACGCUGUCAUGCGAUCAAUUGCCGGUGCAUUCCUCCCACUCGCUGGAUUGCCAAUGUACGACAAACUCGGUAUGGGAUGGGGAAACAGUCUUCUGGGCUUCAUUGCUGCUGCAUUGAUACCUGCGCCGUGGCUGUUUAUCAAGUAUGGAGAGCAUUUGAGAAAGAAGUUUGAAAUCAAGGAUCUAUAGACCGAAAAGUGGGCAGACGGACGAUUCUCAGGCAUACAUAGAGGGAGUCAGCAU